AUGCCGACAGCAUCUGUGUGGAAACCGCCCAGCGCCAGCGGGCAGCGUGGGAACGAGACUGUGAGUCUCUGCCCCUCGAAAUCUCGGGAUGCUGAAGACACUCCCGUGUCACCCGCGAGAUCUGGCCUGGUGAUCUGCAGUUUGCAGCGCACGGCCCUGGACGGGCACGCGGCGCUGCGGAUCUUCGCGAAGUUAGACCGGCUGGCCGCAGCGAUGGUCGAUGAGCUUGAUGCGAAGGGCAGUCACGAGCCACCCACCAUGCGCGACCUCGUCGCCGCGUCGGCCCCGCGGACUGUCAAGGUCGAGGUCCCUGACAUAGACCCACUGACCGGGAACGAGGUUAUGGUCGAAGUGGAACAGAUCGUGUACCCGCCGCGCCUGCAGGUGGAAAAGGGGGAAGGACGAGAACGAGGGAUGGCUUCGGCGCAGCCCGAGGAGGACUUGUUCCUCGUGCCCUACGAGGCGGCCACGGGGCGCCGGAUCAAGGAGGCCGCGGGGUCCAGCGAGAAAGGAGAACCGAUCUCGGGGCAAUUGACACAGCUCGACCUCCGCGAGGGGGCCACGGUGAAACUGGUGAUCGGGCCCCAUGCGGGUGACGAUGGGGAGGUAGUCGGGAAGCAGAAGGAGGGCCACUACCGAAUUCGCUUUCGCCACGCGCUCAAGCCAGGUGCGAAGCUCAAAGCCCCUUUCGAAAGGAUCCUUGGCACGUGGUGGGUGGAGGCCGCAGUGAAAGGGGAGGUGGAAGUGCUGCCGGUUGUGAACGUGUGA